ACAAAACACAACAACAAAAAAAUGGAAUAUUUCAAAAACCUUUUUCUCACUCAAGAACCCUACCCUACCGUCACAGUAGAUGAAGAGAACCAUGUCUUCCGUAGUUAUCACGCAAAAGACGGACUCGUCUCUUCGCCUCUAUUUCCCAAAUUAAGUAAAAAUGAAUGUACAGUUGGUAAAAUUUGGGAAGAAACCGUAAAAAAGAACCAACUCAAACCUGUCUUUGGUCAACGUCCACUUAUAAAGAUUCAUACAAAAGAGAAAAAGCCAGCUUCUCCCGACCAAAAACCCAAAAAAUGGACCUAUUUUGAACUUGGUGAUUACGAAUGGAUGAACUUCACAGAAGCAAACGAUAAGGUUAAAAAAAUUGCCUCUGCUCUUCAAAAACACGGCCUUGAAAAAGGUGAUAUCGUUAUUUUAUUCGCGAAAACAAGACCUGAAUGGAUGUUGACAGCAUUAGCUUGCUUUACUUUGGGUUUAGUUAUUACUACCGCCUAUGAUUCGAUGCCUGCCGAUGCCGUAAACCACAUCAUCAAAGAAACUGGUGCUAAGGCUAUCUUUACCGAGGUAUCUUUAUUUGGAACUUUGAACAAGGCUUAUACCAAGUUAGACAAAAAGGAUCAACCUAAGUUUGUAUUUUAUGCUGGUAAAGACUUUGAGGCUCCCGAGGAGUUGAAGAAGUUUAAAGAUGGUAAGGCUCCCGAGGUAGAGAUGCUUGAAUUUAAAGAUGUGACCGAAAAUGGCUCCACAAAAAUUGAGCCCGUAGGCGUUAAGCCAGAUGAUCUUGGUCUCAUCAUGUAUACGUCUGGAUCUACUGGGGCACCUAAAGGUGUCGAAUUAACCAAUGGAAACAUUAUUGCUGCCUUAGGUUCUGCACAAUAUCUUGUCCUUGGUUUUUUAAAGGAUGGUUCACACACCUAUGUUGGGUUCCUUCCUCUUGCACACGUUUUGGAGUUUUUGGUGGAAUUAAUCAUGAUCUCCUUUGCAAUUCCUAUUGGUUACGGUAGUGUGCGUACUCUAAUGGAUGAUUCGAUUUGUGGACCUGACGGUGAAGGUAAAGGUGAUGGAGAUCUCAAAGCACUGAAACCUACCAUCAUGGCUGGUGUACCUGCUGUAUGGGAAAAGAUCAAACACGGCGUUGAAAGACAAUUAGACAAACAACAUUGGACCGUAAAGAAGGCUUUCGAAGCUGCUAUUGAAAUGAAAUGGCAAAUGUUGAAAUUUUUUGGAAAAACCAAUGCAAUCACAGACGCGUACGACUCUGUUAUUUUUGGUCCUAUUCGAGAGGUCACGGGUGGUAAAUUAAGGUUUACCAUAUCGGGUGGUGCACCUGUUUCUUUUGAAACUCAAAAGUUCAUCACAUCCACAUUAUGUUACAUGCUUCAAGGUUAUGGCUUAACAGAAUGCUGUGGUUUAGGCUCUGUUACUCUUCCUAGUCUUGGUAUGAUCACUGGUGUCAUCGGGCCCCCUUCACCUUCUAUUGAAUUCCGUCUUGUGGACGUACCCGAUACCGAAUAUUUAGCCAAGAACAAUAUCGGGGAGCUUUGGUUGCGUGGUCCAUCACUUAUGAAAGGUUACCACAAGCAACCUAAAAUCACUGCUGAAGCAGUUACAGACGAUGGCUGGUUCAAGACAGGUGACGUUGCUCAUUUAAAUGAGGAUGGCACUUUCGCCAUUACCGAUCGCGUUAAGAACUUGGUCAAGUUGGCUCAUGGUGAAUAUAUUGCUUUAGAGAAUUUAGAAUCCAAGUAUAGAAACUGCAGUAAUAUCAAGAACAUCUGUCUGGUUGCCGAAAGUGACAAGUCUUACAUAGUUGGUGUUGUCGAACCAGCUGAUAAUGAUGUUGACAAGGAUACACUCUUAAAAGAGUUACAAAAGACUGCUCAAGAUGCUGGUUGCAGCCGUGUAGAAACUGUCCGAGACAUUGUAGUCACUCGUGAUGUGGAUUGGAUGAAGGAGUAUGUUACAACAAGUGGAAAAAUGAAGCCUAUCCAACAAGAACAGCAGGUCCCUUUACAAACCAACAAGAUUCAUUUGAAGAAAGGACCUCUUGACCACGCUCAUUCCCUUCUUCGUCACCACCCUCUUAUCGACACCCAUAAUGACUUGCCCAUGUCUUUGGCAUUCGAUUUCAAGGGAAAAAUCAAUGACAUGAACCUUACGAGUUUAGAUUGGGGUCAUACUGAUAUUACCAGAAUCCGCGAAGGUCAUCUUUCCGGACAAUUUUGGAGUAUCUACUAUGACUGCGAAGAUACAAAGUCUAACCAAGUUUUGAAAGCAAUGGAAUCGAUCGAUGUUACCAAAAGAAUGGUUGAUUUGUAUCCCGAAACCUUUCAGUUGGCUACAAACACCAGACAAUUCCAUAGAGCUAUUCGUCGUGGACGCGUUGCUUCAAUGAUGGGUAUCGAAGGAGGUCAAAUGAUUGAUAGCUCUAUGGUUGCCCUUCGUCAAUUUUUUGAGCUUGGUGUCCGAUAUAUGACUCUUACACACAACUGCCAUACACCUUGGGCAGAGUCUUGUUGUGAUCCCAACCCACCUCCUUUUGACAAAGGCUUAGGUUUAACUGCGUUUGGUAAAAAGAUUAUUCUUGAAAUGAAUCGUCUUGGCAUGAUGGUGGAUAUUUCACACGUUGCUCAUGCCACCAUGAAUGCAGUACUUGAUGUAACCCGUGCACCUGUAUUAUUUUCCCAUUCUUCAAGUCAUGCUAUUUGUGCCAUUGAAAGAAAUGUUCCUGAUACAGUACUCAAACGUUUAAAUGAAACGGAUGGUGUCGUUAUGGUAAACUUUUAUAAUUCUUUCAUUCAAUGCGAUCCUGCUAAGGAAGCCACCCUUUUGGAUGUUGCUGAUCAUGUUGAGUACAUUGCUUCCGUUGCUGGGCGUAAUCGUGUUGGCCUCGGUGCGGAUUACAACGGUAUUGAACGUACACCUAAAGGUCUUGAGGAUGUUAGCAAGUAUCCCGAUUUGUUUGCUGAAUUAAUCCGUCGUGGUUGGUCAGAUGAUGAUUUAGUUGGUUUGGCUGGAAAGAACCUUUUGCGUGUUUGGAAGAAGGUUGAGCAAGUCAGCUCUGCUAUUGCCAGAACCAAAGAAUUACCUUCCGAAGAGAGAUUAGAGGACUAUUAAGUAAUAGUAUUAUUGUAAGAGUAAAAUAAUUUUUAUUAAAUGGAAAUUCGUUUGUUUUGUGUCGUUUU